UUUGCCAUAAGAAGUACAAAGAUCCUUUAUAUACUGUAUUAGGAGGUCCUUGCUGGGGAUUUUUUAGCUGCUGCAAAAUGAUUGAAAACGUUUGUACGUCAUCCGAGGAAGGGACAAAGAAGACAAAACGUCCUAACCUACCUAAAGGACAAGAUCCGCUAAUGGAAGACGUCCAAGAAAAAGAGGAGGGGAAGCGUGUAGCGAUAAAGCCGCAGACACACAAAGCCAAUUAGUAUGCUAAAGACCACUAAAGUCUUUCAAUCAGCCGUGCUUCUUCCCCAACAACACUCACUUCAUCCAGCUGUGGACCAAAGUGAAGCAGAAGACAAAGGGCGCUGCUUCUGCUUCCUGUGUGGGCUUUGAUGGAUGAGGCGGCAGAGGUGGUUAAAUUGAGGACGCCGCGUCCUGCUUGCUACGUCACCGACAAGGAAGUGCAGAAUAUGUGCGAUUGAGGACGAAGGUGUUUGGGAGCCGACCCAGCAAAGCGCCAUUCAUCACGGGGGAGGGGCCGACAGUCAAGUCUGCAGUGAGCAUUCGUACAAUCAAGGCAAGGUCAGAGGUGCCAAAGAAAGAGGUGCUGUCAGCUCAGCACCAAAGGUCAUCCUCUAUGUGGCUAAUUGGCGUGACCUUCUCCAAACAUGGAUCUUCACCUCGCCUGUUUUUAGCCUGCCGCUCAUCCUCCGUGACAGCGCCGUGGCUCUGGUGGGCGUCUGAAGGGAUAGCGAUCCAAAACAAUUCCCUUCCCAACGGUGGUGUGACGCUACGCUUCACCAGGACAAACCUGCGUGCUUCUUCUGGUGUGCUUUGCGGGCCACAUGGGUGUCGAACACAGCGCCGCAGUCUUCCUUUGGACACCUGCACAGAUCAAACGCACUUGAACUUGGGAGCCACGCCGUGCUCCUGCUGGUGCAGUUUGAAGAGGCGUCUCUUCUUGAAGGUCAAGGAGCAUCCAGACUGAGUGCACUGUUUAACGGCUGUUUAAGGUGUGAUGCACCCCUUCACACGCCAGGGUGUGCUGUGAUUCCGGAGUUGAAUAUCUAAGUGCAGUUUCCUCUUCUUUCUACAACAAGGAUACAAUUCUUGGGAGGAGUGGGCGAUACGGCAGCUUUGGUAUCAAUUUGAAAGCAAGGAAAUACAAGGCCGGUAUUGAGUAUACGUAAAUGACCUUUGACUGUCAUUCCAGUCCUUUGCCGUUUUGCCCCCAAAGCCCUCUUGUGAACAAUAACUUAUAUUCUGAGUUACAAUACAUAAAUACUAUAUUAUCAUAUCAACAGUCUAGCAACAUAAUAAACAUAAACACUUUUGGUAUUUGGCCCUAUGGCUUGUGUCAAAGGUCAAAUGUAUUUAUAUAGCACAUUUCCAACCUUAACUGCCCAAAGUUCUGCAGCAGCCAAUGAAACACACACGCAUAAUAAGUCGUACAGCUAAAAGCAAACACACAGAGUGCACAGAAUGACACUAAUUAAAACAAAAGCACACAAGGUUAACCUGUGUUUAAAGCCAGACCAUAGAAGUGCGAUUGUACUCAAUGAAUUAACCAAUGACUUUAUUGCUCUGCUGUUUUUAAGCUUGAUGUCUCCCUUCCAUCUUUUCCCUACUCUGUUGUCUUUCCCAAAAGGAAGCCAGAUGAAAUAUUCCCAUGUGAGGCCUUGGCUGCCGGACCUGCGCUAAACUGCUUCUUGAUUUUCCACUGCACAGCUCAUAUGGCUUCAGAGUCACGGUUAAAAUAUUUUUUUACCGGUGUUGAGGCCCUUAUCCAAUAAGAAUUAUAUUCUUAAAUGUAUGUUUAUGAUUGUAGUGCAGUAGGACUGCACUCUAGCACACCGAUGGCCAUAGAUGGCGAUGUAUCCAGUAUUCAAGGAUUAGCCUUUCAUAAUGUCACAAGCACAAUAAUGGACACAUUGGUAAAUGUCUGAUAAUAAAAAUGUGCAUUAUUAUCCACAUACAGACAGAAUGCAGGUGUGCCUAAUGUUGUGGGCAGAAAAGACAAACAUUUUCCGCAUUCCUCCCAAGUCAUGUUUUUGACUACGGUGUGAUUAUUUGUGCUUGUAAACAAAUGGCUACUAUAACAAGUACAAUAUUUAGUAGUAUUCUCCACGUCUGGUUAUACUGUACACCACAAAAGAUAACUGGUUAACAGGACAGCAGGUAAUAAUUCAAAUUUUUCUAUUAAUAUUAAAUGCACUUUCACGGCCCACUGCAUUGGACUUUCUCAAUAUUAAUAAAAUGAAAAUCAUUUAAAAACAUGAGCGUAGCAAAUAGGAAAAAGCACAGCUCGAGCUGCUUGGCAACGCUGGGCGGGGCCUCGCUCAUAAAGUGGGCGGAGUUCCCCCCUCCCCACGUGCCCUGCUGCACACCGCAGCAACCAUCUUCCGCAUACCGCAGACCACUGCGCAUGCACGCCACGCACGCACACGCACGCUGCGGAGCGAUGCAUCCGCUGUGCGCGCCCUCUUCCUCCCCGAUCGUCAUCAUCAUCAUCAUCCCCCUCGGUAUCGAUCAGACGAAGCUUCGCGAUGGUUCAAUGUCAUCCCCGUGAAGGUGUCAGUGAUGGCCGCAGAGGAGGAGAGAUGAUGAUGAGAGGAGGUGCACCAUAGCACAUUCGCUUUGGAGCUUUGCCAUCUCUAUUUUAUUUUUUCACGUCUUUUUUUUUUCCCCUCCUCAUCCUCUCUCCCCUGUGCUUCGGUGACAUUUUGCGGGCCUGGAUGCGGUGACAGGCGGGUAUGUGUGACGACCAUGCUGGCGGUGCGGUGCUUCUUGCUCUUUGCUGCAGUGGGCGAGCGGCUGGCGGCGUCAGGCCAAGAUGGGGGUGGCACGUGGGACGGGUCCUCCCGGUCCGGGCAGACGGAGGGCAGCGACACGGCAGCCCAGGUGACCUAUCCUAAACGUCUGGUAUGGAGGAUCGAGUCUGAGGAGGAACUGGCUCACGGGUACCUUGAUACCAGGGUGAAGAACAACACACGACACACCUCGCCCGUCCACUUGGCGCAGAGCUGUUUCCAGGUGGAAGCCUACGGACAGACCUUCACGCUGGACCUGGAGCUAAACCACCACCUCCUGUCCUCGGACUAUGUGGAGCGCCACUUCAUGCAGGAUGGACGACCCUCGCAGUCCGUGGGAGGGGAACACUGCUACUACCAGGGAAGGUUAAGAGGUGUACCAGAGUCCUGGGCCGCCCUCUCCACCUGCCACGGACUGUGCGGAAUGUUCUCAGAUGGCGUCUUCUCUUACGGGAUUGAGCCAGUUCACAAUAACAGCAAUGAGGUAAACAUCGAGGAAAAUGGCGCCCACCUGAUCCACAGGUUGCCUGAUUUCAGGCUGUCUCCCCACUGUGCAGACUGCACAGAGGACGGCGAGUGGGACCGCAGAGGAGGUGAUGAAGACAGACUGGACCAAAGUGGGGGGCAGCAGCAGGCGUCUGGGCCGCUGAGACGAUCCAAACGCUUUGCUCGCCGGCCCUCUGUGCAGACCGAGACCAAAUAUAUCGAGUUGAUGGUGGUCAACGACAACGACAUGAUUGUACAGCUGCGACGCUCCGGCAGCCAAACUAAAAACUUUGCCAAAGCGGUGGUCAACAUGGCGGAUGCGAUCUACAAGGAGCAGCUGAACACGAGGAUCGUGCUGGUCGCCAUGGAGACGUGGACCUCUAAGAACAUGGUGCCGGUGGUGGAGGACCCUCUGAGCACGCUGCAGAACUUCAUGAAGUACAGGAGGGACAACAUCAGGGAACAGAGCGAUGUUGUCCAGCUUUUCUCAGGGCGCACGUUUCAGAGCGGCCGCAGCGGGACGGCCUACACGGGAGGAGUGUGCUCGUCGACGAGGGGAGGGGGCAUCAACGAGUUUGGUAAUGUUGGCGCCAUGGCCAUCACUUUGUGCCAAAGCCUGGGCCAGAACAUCGGGAUGAGAUGGAAUAAUGCACGCAACUCUGCAGGAGACUGCAGGUGUCCCGACACCUGGCUAGGCUGCAUCAUGGAGGACACAGGAUACUAUCUGCCCAGAAAGUUCUCUCGCUGCAGCGUUGACGAGUACAUCCAGUUCUUGCUCCAGGGGGGCGGCAGCUGCCUCUUCAACAAGCCCAACAAGCUGCUGGACCCUCCAGAGUGUGGAAAUGGUUUUGUGGAGCCAGGGGAAGAGUGUGAUUGCGGAUCCCAGGUGGAGUGCGCCCGCAGUGGAGGGGCCUGCUGUAAAAAAUGCACACUCACCCACGAUGCCAUGUGCAGUAACGGCCUGUGCUGUAGUGGCUGUAAGUACGAGCAGAGGGGUGUGGUGUGCCGAGAGGCUGUUAACGACUGUGACAUCCCGGAGACAUGCACGGGAGACUCAAGCCAGUGUCCUCAUAACGUCCACAAGCUGGAUGGCUACACGUGUGAAAGCAAUCAGGGUCGCUGCUACGGCGGGCGAUGUCGGACUCGGGACGGGCAGUGCAGAGGACUCUGGGGUUUUAACUCAGCAGACAGGUUUUGUUAUGACAAGCUCAACGCCGAGGGGACGGACAAAGGGAACUGUGGUCGGGGUCCCGGCGGCCAAGGCUGGCUGCAGUGCAACAAGCCGGAUGUUUUGUGCGGAUUCCUCUUUUGCGCCAACAUCACCACAAAGCCAAAAUACGGGGACCUUCAGGGCGAGGUGACCAGCUUCACUCUCUACCACCAGAACAAGUACCUGGACUGUCGAGGCGGCCACGCUCUGUUGGAGGACGGCUCGGACCUGGGCUACGUGGAGGACGGCACCCCCUGCGGGCCCAACAUGAUGUGCUUGGAGCGACGCUGUCUCCCCAUGGCGGCCUUCAACCUCAGCACUUGCGCUGGGUCCAACUCGGGGCGCAUCUGUUCCGACCACGGGACGUGCAGCAACGAGGUGAAGUGCAUCUGCCACAGAGACUACACCGGCAAGGACUGCAGUGUGUUCGAUCCCAUUCCUGAACCCACUGUCCCCACCGGCCCCGAGAAAAAAGAAACAUUCGGAGAGGAAGAUCUGGUGGAGGAUAAGAUGUCCAUCUUGUCUUCAUGUCCCGCCGACUCCUGUCUUCUUCUUCUUCCUGGAACGGUGUCCUUUCCCACCUUGGAGAAGAAGGGAACAGCAACAACAACAAGAUGUCUUCCAGUCCUGUUCCCGUCUCUCCACUCCUCUUCUGCUUUGAUUGUCAUCUUGUCCCCCCCCUCCCCGUCCCAAUCACGCACCGUCCGGGACACACCGGAGUCUCCCUCCCAGCCCGGUGGCUAUGAACAACUUCAUCAUCAUCAGGAUGAAGAGUUAAGAUGUCUGCACUGCCUGCCUAGACCACUGCUCAAAUAGACACAGCACCUAAAGACACGACGGUCCAAGAACCCGGACUGGACUGGGAUUGGACCUCCAGCCUGCAGGUUGGGGAAUGGCGGUUAAAAAAAAAAAAAAAAAAUGCUGAUGAGGGACCAGCCAUCACAUCACGUAAGACAGGAAGUCAUCACUCUGACUGCCAACUAGCUGAUGAUGCGUUCAGGUACCCUGAAGGAUGCUGGGACCAGAGGCUGUACAUUCCACUGACUCUGUCCUUUUUUUUUUUUUUUCCCUCUUUGGAGUGCUCGCUUUUUAAAAAACAAAAAACAAAGAAAAAGAGGAAUGUGUGAACGUCACCACGGAGCUUUUUCAACGUGUCCACCACGAAGAAGAAUGUCACCUUUGCAGGACUCCAAACGAAACAUUUUUCAAUUGUCUAACUAGCGAUUAGCUAGCGAUUAGCUGCCAUCAUCACGUCUCACGGCCACCAGAAGAAGAGACCGUCAUCCGCAUGAGGGACCGUAGCAUCCUGUUGUCCCACUAAUUUAGUAGAAUCUCCUAGCGUCCAGUAGAACCUCUGAAGCCAUCCCUCAAAACAAAACCCUUGUUUACAUCUGAAAUCAAACUACCCCCACCAGGAAGUCCAUCCGUCCAUCUUCUACCGGGAAGCCCGGACUUCCCAGCCACGGCCACUUGGGAGACAUAGUUUCUCCAACAGACGUGCCCUGAACACCUCCCCAGGGAGAUGUCCGGGAAGCCACCUCGUCUGGCUCCUCUCACUGCGGAGGAGUAGCGCUUCUCCUCCGUCUCACCUUAUCUCUAAGGGAGAGCCCAGCCAUCCCACUUCAUCCUCUUGUACCCGGGAUCUUGUCCUUGGGUUACGACCCAAAGUUCAUGACUGUAGGUGGGGGUUGGAACGUAUGGCAUCAUUCUCUCUUCAUUCUCUCUUCACCGCAAUGGACCAAUCCUUGUGAACAAGACCCUGAGGUACCUCAACUCCUCCACAGGGGGGCAGGAUCUCAUCCAGCCAGAUGAGACCUUUUACAAUGUAGAACUACACUGCCAUGAACUAAAACUAAAACUAACUCAGCUAAGUCGACAAAGAAGUUCAACCUACAAGUCACUUAAUUUAUAAAUACAAUACAAUUUAUAAUAACUCUCUUAAACGCGUAAAGGAACACAAUCCUAACUCAUGGAAGUCACUCUCAGACAUUCCUUACCAUCGUACACGUGGGAGUAGGAGCUGAACGGUCUUAACUCGAGCAACAUAAAAAGAAGUUAAUCCUAACUCACGGAACUCACCUUGACUUUCUUAAUCAUCUUACAAGUGUAAAAAGAAGCUAAACAUUGUUAUAUCUCUUAGAAGCGUAAAAUAGAUGUUAUCCAACACAAUGCUAACUCAUGGGAAUGACUUUCAGACAUUUUUAACCAUCUUUGUAAGUGUAAAAAGAAGUUAACUCAAACAACUCAUUUUUAUAAAUAUUCUUGACUCCUAUAAGUGUAAAAAGGACUCUCCCUUCCGGACAUCUUUGUCAUCUUUAAAGUGUAAAACUAAGCUAAACUCUUUUUUUAAACAUGAACUCUCUUCUCAGUGUAAAAAUCAAGUGAAAGAGUCUGACUUCUAUUUGAUAUUUUUAACUCUACAAGUAUAAAAAGAGUUUUAACUAACUCUUUUUUUAACUCCUUGUAUUCAAAGUGUAAAAAGAAGUUAAGUCUUAAGUCACAUUUUCACACAUUUUGAAAGGUAAAAACAAAACGGUACUUUUUGAUAGGAAGUGAGGAUGUGCAAAAAAACCAAAAAAAAACAGGUUCUUGGACUUCAGAGGUUCCACUGUAGAAGAAAAGUUGACUUUUUCUUUUCAUGUGAUUUCCUACUAAACGCUCGGGACAACACGCCAACAUGCUAUGCUAACGUUUCCCUCGUAGGACAAAAAAAAAAACACUCGCCGGCUGUUUUUUUCAUUCCAAUUUUUUUGUAAAUAUGUGCAAGCUAUGCUGAAUGUUUAAAUGCAUCGUACGGAGAGAAGAUGGAGGAAAAAAACGAUUUCAACGCUGUUUUGUAGAUUUUUAUCUGCUUCCGGCAAAGCUAGCGUGUUUAGUUUGUCAGCACUUUGAGUUUUUGGGUCACCGUGUGGUCCACACUGCCAUGUUUGUGUGCAUGAGGAGACUCUUGGUUGAUUGGAGCUUUGCACUGUGGAAGAAAAGCUGCUAUCAAUCAUUCGAAGAACAAAAAAAAAUAACGACAUAUUUUUAGACACUUUUUGAAUUUAGACAAAAAUGAAACAAAAAAAAAAAGCCAUUGCGGGCGGAUGGAUGCAAGUGAUGAGGAAAUAAAAUAGAAAAAUAUCAACUAUUUUCUUGUUUAUGGUUUAUUAUUUUGGGAUGGCUGACUUUACUUUUAUUUUGCUAACAGGAAGAAAAUGACCACAAGGUUAGAUACAACUGUCAAUCAAUCUCAAAUACUAAUUAUUCUCAUUUGCAGU